UUCUUUCAAAUGUCCCUCACUUUCGCGCUCAACCCUAGUGUCUCUGCGAGGAUGCGGAUCUCUGCGUGCUCUCCGUGCUCUUCCCAUCUUCCGUUCGUGUCUUCGCAUGCUGUAUUCCGAUCUUCCUCUCGAAAGCUGCUAGGUUUUUCCUCAGGAGGUACUGUUGGAUUGAAGCUAUCUGAUUCGUCAUCCUUUCAAGAAUUGAAGUUUCGGAGGAAUUCUUACAGCAGUAGCGCGGAAGUCUCGCCGUGGGACGAGAAACCGUACGAUCUAUCGCGGACGGGGAAGAGGGUAUACCUCGAUGAGCUUGACGUCGCGACUUUUCUCGACCCGCCGAAGGAGUUGAUUCCCUUGGAUCCGGCGUCGUAUAAUCCUGCGGGAUACCUUUGGAAGAAAAUCGGGGACAUUCCAGAGGAUAGAAGACAUCGAUUACUCUACCUGCUGCGGCCAAGGUUUUUACUUCGGCAUGUAGCAAGGAUGUGGGCAGUGACAGGAACGCGUUAUGAUGAUCCGAAACUGUUGAAAAAAAGUGCAUCGGAAUUGCUGUGCGAAGGAGAAGACACUGCUGGUCCGCUGGAGUUUUGGAAUUGCAAGACAGAUGGAGUUCCCCUGUCGCUUGCUUGGAUGAAUAGGUUCAAUAAGGUCAUAUUCCAUGCCAAGGAUGGGAAUAAGUAUGGAAGAAUGUUCCCUAGUGGAAAUAUUUUGCAAAGAGUUGCAAACUCGUGGUAUCCAUGUUAUUUUAGAGUUACAGAUGUUCGCGACGUAAUGUCAACAUCACAACCUUGUGAUUUAGCUUAUGAGUACGGGGAUGGACUACUAGAACCAGAUAUUGUGCUUGAAGGAUUUCCUAACCCAGCAAAACACCCUUGGCCAUUGAGUGAUCUGAUAGUUAUAUAUGUCCGGCAUGCCGGACCAGGGGUCAUGGUGGGUCAGGCAUGGCAAGAGGGAAGAAUCUUGGAACAAGUUCCCAAGAAGUUCUGUGGGGAGAUUUUAAUGGUGAAAGAUUACUAUACUGUUGCUGAGACAUUAUGAAAUGUAUCUGCAUGCUUCUUUUUCUGGCGAGUGACCACCCCGUUUGUAAAGUAUGAAAUUUUGAUGUUUCCUUCAGAGUUGUUCGCACCGACUGUAAAUAUGCAGGCUAUAGGUCGUUCUGCUUUCAAUACAGAUGAGUUCAUUUUGUGCCAA